UACGAGUGGGGCUUCUACGCCUGCUGAGGGAGGGGCCGGAGAGGCCUUCCGUGGAGUACGGUGGCCCGGAGUGGGCAGCUAUGGGUGCGAGUGGCCGGGCGAUGGCUGAGUGGCCGGGCCGGAUGGCAGCCAGGCUUCACUGAGGAGACAGAUUAAAGAUUCAUUGUAUUUCUAAGCCUUCAAUAUUUAUACCUUGUGGCUGUUGACCCUCUUAUGAGAUACAUUGUGGAAAUCAAAAUGGAAAGUGUCCAAGAAAUUUUGGAUCACUUAUACAGGAAAGUACUUCUUGGAGCCACGCUUGAAGAUGACCUCCAUGGUUACAUCGUUUACCUCAACCCAGAUCUCUCAGAGCAAGCUGUCUGUACAGCCUCCUCUGUGGCUCGGUCUGAUGUCAGGGAUGUGCUGGACGGCAUGGCAGGCCAGCACGGGGUGAGCAUCCUUCCUGAAGCACAGGAGUGUUCCAGGAGACAGCUUCAGACGGGCAGGGCCUGGGAAGUGACGCUCCUUCAGUUAACACUGAUUGACAUGGUACUGAGCCGCGUGCUGUCUGCUGAAACCGAGAGCCGUGCAAAGGCUGGGUACAGAGAGCUAACUGAAGUCCUUUUGCAGUCCAUUGAACUGGAUUCCAAAUUGAUCCGUGUACUCCAGAAUUCCGAUAAGUUGUUGUCCUACCUGGCUGCCAAGUGCCUGGCCUCGCUCCUGUAUUUCCAGCUGAGAGAGAAGAAAAUGUUAAGUAAUUCCUGGGUCACGUUUUGCCAGAAGCAUCUCUCUGAUUCCUCUGAGGGUGGUGAAGCAGUGCAUUGCCUCUGCGUCCUUGCAGCUGUGAUGAAGGAGAUCUUUAAAGAUGCACAUUCACAGAGAGCAGAAAGUCUAAAGCAGCUCUUGACUCCUUUUGACAAUACUUUUGAAGCGUUCUACAAUUCCUUAUUUUCUCAGCAUUUUGGAAACUUCAAGAACCCCUCUAACAUAAUCAGCAGCCUGAUGUGCUUUCUGGAGUUGCUCGAGCUUCUCGUAGCCUCCAGAAUCCACCUGAAACUGCACCUUAGGAGCCAGAGGAUGUUAUUUUUGAAACCCCAUGCUCUAGAUAUUCUUGCCUGGCCUAUUCCGGCUUUUAUAAAAAGGAAAUUGGUUAUACUCAUCAAAAAGUGCCUUCUCUGUAAAGUGGGUGAAGACUUCUGCCGUGAAUCUGUGCCCACCCUGAUGUCACCAGACCAUCUUCUGGACAGUGACAUGCUUGCUUUAGCUGAUGCACUUCUGCACGCUAUACAUUUGGGGUUGUGGAAGGCACUGACUGUUCCUGGAAAGCCUUCCUGCUUUGGAGGAGAUGAAGUGCAACCUGGAUGCAGACUCAGGGCUGGUCCUGAUCACGUGACCCUGAGAGCAGCAAGCUUAAUUACAGUGAAAUCCUUAGAAAUCAAGUUCCAGAAUUGUACCUCAGCAACUGAAAUGAAAGCUGACCUGCAGAAGUUCCUGCCCGAGUUCCUGGCCUUCUUAAAGCCUCAGCUUCAGCCCUCUCUCCAGUUACACAACCCGUGUGAGUGGCUGUCCAGGGUCUUCAUAGAGCAGGACGAUGACAUGCUGGAGGCCGCCAAAGCAUCCCUGAGCAUCUACCUCCACUUGACCAGAGAAUGGGACACUUCUACAAGUCUGACCCCAGAAAAGGAAGCAUGGAUCCACUCCACACAUGGACAUGGCUACAACCCUCACUGUAUUUUCUUAUUCUUCUUAAAGAAUAUAGCGUUUGAUUCUACAGUUCUUCUUGACUUCUUGAUAUCCUCAGAAACCUGUUUCCUUGAAUACUUUGUUAAAUAUUUAAAACUACUGCAGAAAGACUGGGGCCACUUUCUGUCCACCUGCCAGUUCUUUGCUGCAAUGGAAUCACAGUGCGGAGUAAGUGUUCAUGAUCCUUUCCCCUUACCUGCCCAUGGCACAAGCACCAGCUACACAGCACCUCAUGCUCCUGUUGGAGAAAAUGCUUGCCCCUGGAUCCCCUGGGCUGCUGAUGCCUCCUCUGAACCCCAGAGCCAGCCCAAGGAAACUCACCCAGUGCCAACUAAUGGCCCACCUUCCCGGACACCACAGAGUCUGGUAGAUUAUGACAGCUCUGAACCCUCUGAUGAGGAAGCCACAGAUGAGCCUUUAGCAAACAGCAAACAGACAUCUUUAUGUCAAGAAAUGCCUGGGGAAAUCCAGGAUCUGCCUAGGACAUGCAAAGGAAAGGAACGUAGCCGGGAGCCUCAGGCGAGGCCUCUGCUCUCUGCAGAGCCCAACUCUCCCUUCUCUGAUGAUGGUGGAGUUGCUCCAUUUCUUCGUACAGUGAGAUGCCUUGAGGAGCUACAGCGAGCUAUUUACCGUUUGCAGGAGAAAAAUCUCUUUCCGUAUAACCCAGCGGCACUUCUGAAGUUGUUGAAAGGUGUGGAGGCCAAGUGUGAUAAUGUGUGAGCCCUGGGUAACACAGCAACAUUUGUCCUCAGGCCUUCAAAUGUUGAGGAAAGCUUUGCAUUGCUGGACUUGGUGUCCAUUCCUGCCUCCUUUAUCUUUGCCAUUUGUUUGUCUUCAAAUGCCUGUAUGCAGCCCUCUUGCCUCAGCUUCUCCAGGAGCUGGGGCUACAGACAAGUACUACUCUGCUUAACCCUUUUGUAAUUAGUAAAGCAUAUCAAAGAAUGUGUAAUUAAUGUGGGGCUGGAGAGCUGGCUCAGUGAUGAAAAGCACUGGCCUCUCUUGCAGAGGACCUGGGUUCAGUUCUCAGUACCCACAUGGCCGCUAACUGCUAUCUGUAACUCCAAUUUCAGGGGAGUUGUCACUUCACCCAGAUGUUCAUGCAGGUGAAACACCGAUGUACUGAAAUAAAAGCAAAUGAAAUUUUAAACCAAGGAUUAUACAUUGCAAAAGACUAGACAUAUUUCAUUGGAAUAUUACAGACCCAUAAAAAAGAAUGCAUUGUAUCCAUGUAGAUAUGAAGCUUCCCCGUCAAAAUCCGAAAAGAAUAUACUGGGCCUCCAUUUGUUUAAGGAAAGUAUUAGGGCAGGAGCAACAGACAUUUACAUCCUCAUGUACUUAAAUAUAUGAUUGCCUUUUGGUAUCCAAAGACAUGAUCUCCAGGACCCUCUGCUCCCCCAACCAUGAACCCAAAAUCCAUUGGCAGUCCUUUCAUAAAGCAGCAUGCUAUCUUUGUACAACCUACAUACAGCCACCUAGAUUUACUUACACUCACACAAGACAAAUUCUUGUUGCACUGUGACAUUUAAAUUUUCUUACUCACUUUAUAUCCCAAUCAUAGCCU